GCUGACGUCAGAGCAAUUAGCCUCGCUGUCGAACGAGGAAGGCAAAAACGCCGACUUUGCAUCGAACUGUUUGGAUUAUGUUGAAUUUUAGAGUUUUUGUUUGAAUUCAAGCUACAUAAGACAUCACCAGACAUGCUUCUAUACGUGCAGAGCAAAUCUUUCCCGCACAAGACGUUUGUGGUGAAAUGUAAGACUACAGACACCAUCGCCCGCGUGCGUGCUCACAUGCUGUACAGCCUGUAUGACAUGGGGAGAGUACAGCACCAGUUUAGGUUCAGGUACAAGGGACAGUACCUGCGUGACCCCUACACUAUGGAGGAGUGUAAGAUCGUGGACCAUGCAGUCAUCACCAUGGUUCCCAUGGCUAAACGACAAGAGUCCCUGGUGGACCUGCAGCAAAGGCUGAUGGAGUCUACAGAUGACCUUGACCCUUCUCAUGAGCUUGACCUUGGGAAAGGUCAGACUGAUGAGGUCAUGAAGGCUCUGGAAAAAGAGAUGAAAAUCUUCUCAAGGAGAGAAAAGAUGCUCGCUGGGCUGGAGGGCCUGCUGACAGCCCAGAUGAUGUUGAUCCUGCUGGCAGUGUUCACUCACUACUGGUACUCCAUCUUCUGGAGCGGCGUGUCCUGGCUGUAUGGGUACCUCCGCUGUCCCAAAUACUCUCGUGUUGGCGGGUUCACAGGCAUCGCCGGGCUCAAGAGGAGGCAGUUCUGUGUGGUUUAUGGCAUCAUGUCUCUGAUCAACUUUGGAGUCUCACUGGGACUGGGCAUCUACACUGCACUCAAUCUGGUGAGUUUGCAGUGCCUGUCUUAUCCUACAGAGCUGGGUACCGGCUGUACACAUGCUGAAGUCUACACAGCUGGGUUCUACUUCCUACAUGCCCUGGUCAUGCUGUGCAGUAAUGUUCUCACAUGGGUCAUACUGCACAACUUCAAAUAUGAGGUUGGAGACCUGAUUGAGAAAGCCUUGGUCCUGACCAGGGAUAUAGAGAAGGUCAUGGAAGCAGCCAGGACUGGCAAAGUUAAGGAGAGAAGGACAGCGGCGUAUGAGAUGGCCACCAUGGCCGCUUCUGGGGACGACAACAAGUUCAGGAUUGUGGCAGAAGGAGGGUUGGAGUUGCUGAUAGCUAUGGGCCUGUCAACUGAUGCAGCUACACAGGAGUACUCCACUGAGGCCAUGGCAGAACUACUCACAGUUCCUGCUAUACAGGACAAGUUUGUGGAGAUGGGUGGUGUACGCACCCUCACCGCGGUUCUACACGCACAUGACCAGCGAGUGGUGAAGGAAGCCGCCACGGCGCUCAGUUAUAUCGUGUCAGACUCGGAGGAAAACAAACCAGCCAUCGUGGCUGACCAUGGGCUUGAGGACUUGUGCCAUGCAGCACGGCAUGGUGGGAAGGAUGUACAGAGUAUUGUCUCUGGGGUGUUUCUGGAGCUGGCCUUCAACCCUGACAUCCGCGCACAGAUGGCCUCCCUCAACAGUCCUGCCCAGGCCCUGGUGCACCUGUGCCGUAGCUCAGACACAGACACACAGAGGUUUGCCCUGCAAACACUGGAGCUACUGGCCAUCGAGAGCAGCAGCACUAUAUCUGCUCAGGAGGAACUGUUAGACUACUUGUUGUCCUUACCUGUCCACACCAUGGACACCAGACUCUACCUACUGGCUGGGAAGAUCCUGCUCUACUUCACAGAGACACAGGAGAGCUGUGAACACCUGCUGGACUCGGACCGGCUGAAGGACACCCUGUUCCAGUUCUCCCGCACAUCUGACCUUGUCCUACAGAAGGUCACAGCCAAGAUUAUCCUGGCUCUCAUCGACACCCCACAUCUACUAAUGCGGGCGCAGCAUCUCGGCUUCCAGGACAUUUUCCUCCACAUCCGGAACAACGCGCUGGACAGGGACGCCUGGAACAUGGCCGACCAGGGUCUCGCUCUCAUGCAGUCUGAGCACGCUCACAAGGCAGCCAAGGGCAUCAUGGGAUCACAGGGGUCACUCAAGGACAAAGGUCGGGGGUCAUUUUCCUCAGGUCGGAGUCAGAGCACAACGUCCUUGGACAAGGGAGCCCGACCUUCUUAAACAUUUGGGGUUGUUUUAAAUCAGUCCAGAGAGUUGAGAAAUACUGGUUGCUUCAAAUUUAAGUUUUGUAAUGAAUCUGAAAAUUUUAAAUUUGACAACUAUUUUUAAGGCCAAAUAUUUUUAUAUCUAUAAUAUUAUUAUGAAUCACUGGUUACAGAAAUGAAGAUACCAAAAUGUCAUUAUCCUUAAAGAAAUCUGAACAUGUUUCUUAAGAAGCCUUACGCCGUAUGUGCAGUUGCAAUUGGAGUAAAGUUGCAAUUGCACAGAGAUCGUACGUUGUAAGCAUGUAUAACUCACUUACCACUUACGCAACGAACGAUGCACGCAACCGCACACGGCCAGACGUGGCGUGCAGACCACACUCUUACACCUUGCGCAACCAGCACACACACUUAUUAGCCCCAAUACAUAUAGUAUGGUUGGUUGGUUGGUUGGUCUUUGUAAAACAGACCUGUAUGUUACAUUUCUUUGUUCAUUUUGUAAUGAUUGAGCACAUAACCUUGUUGCAAUACAAGCCUUGUAUGUAUACAAUUCUGUCCAAUGAUGCACUUUCAUUUUCUCAGAUUUUUCUUCCAAUCAGGUUUCCAUGUACAUACAUAGCUAUGCAUACAUUUUAGAAAAUUCUUCAAAUAUCUACAAUUUUGUGUGAAGAGAAGAUAUAUUUGAUAGAACUUGUAUAUAUACUCUACUCUAGAUCUAUUAUGUACACCCAAACUGCAGUUUGUGCUUUUUUUUAUGUUUAACAUUAUUUAGAAUCAUGUCCUAUGCACCUUUUUUAUACAAUAUCCUUAAUGGAUGGAAACAAGAGUUGCAAACAAAUGAUAUAUGUAACAUAAUAAAUGUCACACAAAGAUA